AUGGAGCACAUAGCUUCUGAGACGUCUCAUAUUGAGACUGUGAACCAUGAAGAUGAUUCCCUUCCCUCCACAAAGAAACAUCGCUCCAUAAAGAAAUAUCUCGAAGAUGAUGGUGAGCCUAUUCAGCCUAGGAACAAGCGAAGAAAAAUUGGCGAUGGAGAAUUUUCAAAUCCGGGUACUUCCAUCAACAAGAAUGAGCCGACAACUUUUGUUUGUGAAAUUUGUGUUGAUGACAAGAAUGCCAACGAGUCGUUUGGCGUCAAAAAUUGCACCCAUUCUUACUGUAGGGACUGCAUAAAGAAUUACGUGGCGUUGACCAAGCUUCAAGAAAACAUCACAAGCAUCAGUUGCCCUGUCCUUGAUUGCGGAGGGUCACUAGACCCCGAGCAUUGUCGUCCUAUUCUUCCACCUAAAGUGGUUGCGAGGUGGGAAACUGCUUUGCGUGGGACUAUCAUUGCUAGGUCUAGUAGAUUUUACUGUCCCUUUAAAGACUGCUCGACAAUGUUGAUUGAGGAUGAGACACAGGUUGUGACGGAAUCGAAGUGCCCUAAUUAUAAGAGAUGCAAGAGAAUGUUCUGUGCACAGUGUAAGGUCCCUUGGCACGCCGAGAUCGGCUGCGAAGAGUUUCAGAAGCUGAAUGAGGAUGAGAGGGAGAAGGAGGAUAUCAUGCUUAGGAACCUUGCUCAGAAGAUGCUUUGGAGCAGGUGUCCAAAGUGCAAGUUCUAUGUGGAAAAAAUGGACGGCUGCGAUGACGUUUGGUGCUGGUGCGGAACUCGUUUUCACUACACAGCCAAACUCAUUUAG